UCCUCCUCGGCCCCACCCCCAUCUUUGAAACGUCAACAGCGCCAAACUUUCGGGCUUCUUUGGGGGUGAAAAUGAGCGGCAGUGUAGAGGAGCCGCAGUGGAGGAAGGUGCACUCCGUUACAGGAGUCAUACCGCGGUCCAGGCAUGGUCACCGGGCGGCGGCCAUCCGCGAACUGAUCAUUAUUUUCGGUGGAGGGAAUGAAGGGAUAGCGGAGGACCUCCAUGUUUACAACACGGUCUCGAAGCAAUGGUUUCUUCCUGCCGUGAGGGGGGACAUCCCACCCGGGUGCGCUGCUCAUGGCUUUGUCUGCGAAGGCACCCGGAUCCUGGUCUUUGGUGGGAUGGUUGAGUACGGAAAGUACACAAACAGCCUGUACGAACUUCAGGCCAAUCGGUGGCUUUGGAAGAAGCUGAAACCGAGAGAGCCUAAAAAUGCCUCUCCUCCGUGCCCUCGGAUCGGGCACAGCUUCACCCUGGUGGGGAGCAAGUGUUACCUGUUUGGAGGCCUAGCCAAUGACAGUGAGGACCCCAAUGGCAACGUACCAAGGUACUUGGAUGACAUCUACGAGCUAGAGCUGCAGCCACUGACCGGAGUGAAAGGCUGGAAUGUCCCUGACACCAAGGGUGGCGGUCCCUCUGCACGGGAGUCCCACACUUGUGUUGCCUUCGCUGGCCUUGGUUCUCCGAAGCUUUAUGUGUUUGGGGGGAUGCAUGGAUGCCGGCUAAAUGAUCUCUGGCAGCUUGAUCUCAACUCCAUGGUUUGGUCCAAGCCUGAAAUAAGCGGCUCAACCCCUCUUCCCAGAAGUCUUCACUCUGCUAACAUCAUUGGAAACAAGAUGUAUGUUUUUGGUGGCUGGGUUCCUGUUCCAGAGUCAGACAAACACGUUGCUGCAGGAACAGAAUGGAUCUGCUCAAACUUAUUGGAUUCUCUUAACUUAGACACAAUGUGUUGGAGGAGCCUUGGUCCAGAGCAGCAGGAUGACAUCGAGUCCCAGCUACAGAACCAGGGGCCGCAGAUUGACGAUCCGUACUCCUGUUGGCCCAGAGCCAGGGCUGGCCACUGCUCCACCUCCGUCGGUUCCAGGCUUUACAUCUGGAGCGGUCGCGAUGCAUACCGUAAGAGCUGGAACUACCAGGUGUGCUGCAAAGAUCUCUGGUACCUGGAGACAGAUCGACCUGCUACACCAGAAGGAGUGAUGCUCAUCAAGUCCACCGUCAGCAUGCUUCAUGUUGCGUGGCGCCCCCUGGCUGCAGCGGACUGCUACAUCCUUCAGAUCCAGCCUGUGGUCAGGUUUCCAGCCACCAAACCAGUCGAGCCAGCUGCUACAGAUGGGCAGAGUGGGAAAGAUCAACAUCCUGCAGGCUCCCAGCCCCUUCAGAACCAAAAUGAGGACUCGUCUGGUCCAGAACAGAAAGCAUCAGCCCAGGAUGCAUCAGUGAAACCAGAAGAAACCAAAGCGGAGGAUAAGAGUGCAGGGAGAAGGACGGAGGCCUCGCAGUCCAAACAUUGCGCUGGACCAGCUAUGGAGGACAACGGCUCCGCUCAGCAGCAGCCAGACAAACAAACCACUUCAACUGACCAAAAAGGGGAUCCGCACACUAACACAGAUCAGGUUGAGGAGAAUCAAGAUGGCUCCAUGUGGUUUGAUGUUGGUGUGUUUAAGACGCUCUACCGUGAGGUCAGCCACUACUUUCUGCCUGCUGAAGACAACCAGCCCUUCCACCAGAGGAAACUGCCCGGGCCUCAGGACUAUCAGGGCAGGGAGAAGCAGGAGCUGAUUCCAGGUCAGAUGUACCGGUUCAGAGUCGCAGGAAUAAACUGCUUCGCCCAGGGAGACUUCAGCGCAGUCAGCGAGUUUAAGACCUGCAAGCCCGGAUUUCCUGGAGCGCCCGCUGCUGUCAAAAUUUCCAAGGCCAGUGAUUCAGUCCAGAUUACCUGGGAGGCCCCGUCGUCUCCAUCGGGCCGGAUCCUGGAGUACUCCAUGUACCUGGCUGUGAGGAAAAGCCGCUCCAGCUCAGAACGGCCAGGACAGAUGGCCUUCAUCCGAAUAUACCGCGGCACCAAGACCUCCUGUUCGGUCAGCUCCUCUCACCUGGAAAAUGCUCACAUCGACACCUCCUCAUCAAGCCGUCCUGCUGUUGUCUUCCGCAUCGCAGCGAAGAAUGAGCAAGGCUACGGACCGGCGACGCAGAUCCGCUGGAUCCAAGAUCCUAUUAAAUUGCGGGCCUGUGCCUCCAAAACAGACUGCAGUGAUGAGGCUGGCCCAGAUGCAGCUGACGGCUCCAGCUGAGAGUGUUCUGGGCCAGCUACUUGGAAAAAAUCCACUCAGGAAGUUGAAUUGAACAUUUCCUAAACAUCUUUCCUAAUUUAUUUUUCUGUUUGUGAUUAAGCUGUAUAUAGAUUCACUGGAUGAUUUUACCUCCAACUGUUUUUUAUUUAGCGACAUUUUUCAUAUAUAUCUGAAACACCAGUAAUAAAUACUGCAAGGUUUGAGAAUAUUGUACGUUUAACCCAGUUUUAGACUAUAUCUUUGAAAUCUGGCCGUAUUCAGUAGAGAACAGAUUCUGAUCCAUGACGGUUUCAGUAUCAACACCUUUUAGGUUUUUAAGACUGCGCUGUACAUCUAAUGUAUGCACGAGCUCUGUUGGUUUAAUUUUAGAUUUUCAAUGAAAACAAACGUCGCAUUACAUAAACUCCACAAAAUAUAUUACUCCGGCAAAGUUGUAAACGUGCUUGUAUUUUCAGGCAGAGCCGGCCCAAGAUUGGAGGGGUCCUAGAGAGGAUUUCAUAUUGGGCCUCAGUUCGAUUUCACAGUUAUUUAUGAAAUAAGGUUCUGACAUGCUCAUUCGGUCUGGCAGUCAUGUUCAUUGUACAGAGCUUCAAAACAGACUUAGUAAAGUUGAGACACAGGAACGUUUUGUAAUUAAUUGCUUGAUUUGUAGUGGAAAUGAUUAGGCUAGUAACUGGACGAUCAAACAAUAAAUAAAUUGUACUGUAUUAUUACAAUUUAUAUUUUGCCUGUUUUUAAGCUAUGAAUAAAUUACAAGAAUGUAUUUUUUUGUCUUUUUAUUCAACCUUUAAAAAUCUGUCAGAUUCUCAAUAAACGUAACAAAUUUGAUGUUAAUUUAUUUAUAGUCUAAAUGAGAAGUCAAGCUCCCUUGGGCGCCCCUGCUGGCCUGGAAGAUCCAAACAGCAGCUCAGGUUGUUUCAGCCUCAGGCUGACUGCUUCCAUCUAUCAGCUCUUUUAGUGCCAGUGGUAUUUGCAUAAAGGGCGGGUAAGCUGGAUGUAUUACAAAACGGGAAGUUCUUGUUGUUUUUAGUCGUUGGUGACCGUUUAUUUCAAAGAGAACCUCAAACAAACAGGAACAUGGCCAAUGACACAGUAUUUAAUGAGACUGCUUCCUGUCAGAAAUACAGGCUCUUUUACAUUGCUGCCCUUCAGUGAUGCUGUUUUUUACUCAAUUACUCUGGUCAUAAUGUUGUUCUGUAUUCUACGCAUGAAUUGUAUAAUAGUUUAAUACCAAAAAUCUAUUCUUUUUUAUUUCUUUCCAGCAAUUUUAUUAAAAAAUAUCCAACAUUAUUAAACGGUCUCAUUAUUUAGGGGUCAUUAACUUGCUUACAAGUCUAUGUAUUUUACCUUGUCUGAAAUCACUCUCUUCCUUUUAAUCCUCAUAGAUCUCCUUGUUUUUUGCUGCAAUGGUUUUUCUACUUUAAAAGGUUCAUUACUAAGAGAGCAAUUUCUACAAUUUGGCUACAGUGAUAUGGGGACCCAACCUGGAAUCAGCUUUUCAUAUUUGUAUAUCCUAGGACUACAUGUGCCUCAGACAUUUAUGUAUAAGCAAUGGAGAAAACUAAACAUAUUCUUAUUCAAGAUAAAUAAAAUUGAUCUUAACAGAC